GAGCCCCCGGAGCCCCGCCCCCCCCGGCCGCCAUGACCCUCGCCGUGUUCUUCGGCUGCACCUGCAUCGCCUUCGGGCCGGCGCUCGGGCUCGUCCUCUUCAGCGUGCUGCGGGACCCGCUGCGCGUCAUCAUCCUCAUCGCCGGGGCCUUUUUCUGGCUGGUCUCCCUGCUCCUGUCAUCGUUAGUCUGGUUCAUUGCAGUUAAAGCCAGUGACCCAGGGGAUGAGCCGCUGCAGAAGGGCCUCCUGAUAUUCGGGGUCCUGUUCUCCGUGCUCCUGCAGGAGGCCUUUCGAUUUCUCUACUACAAGUUGCUCAGGAAGGCGAUCGAAGGGCUGGUGGCCCUCAGCGAAGAUGGCUGCUCCCCGAUUUCCAUCCAGCAGAUGGCGUAUGCUGGCCUGGGCUUCGGGCUCAUGAGUGGCGCCUUCUCCAUGAUUAACCUCCUGGCAGAUGCACUGGGGCCUGGCACUGUGGGGAUCCAUGGAGACUCGCAGCUCUACUUCCUGACCUCGGCCUUCAUGACCAUGGUGAUGAUUUUCCUUCACACAUUCUGGGGAAUCCUCUUCUUCCAUGGCUGUGAGACCCAGCACUGGUGGGAGAUGGCGGCCGUCAUCCUCACUCACCUCAUCGUGUCAGGAUCGACGUUCUGGAACCCCCUGUACGUGGGCAGCCUCGUCCCCUCCUACCUGCUGAUGUUUGCCACAGGUGCUUGGGCCUACGUCCUGUCAGGAGGCUGCACUCAGAACCUGCUCCAGUCCCUGCGGGGGCAGCAGAGCGAGACAAGCCCCCAGCUAGGAUCCUGAGGGUCCAUCAGGAGCUCUCCCCCUCAGCUGCUCCCUGCCUGCCCUGCCCUCCCUCUGGUGCUGUCAGCUGGGACCUACAGUUGCCUUCUCUGCGAUACCAUUUCUCUCUUCUGGAAUGGGGGUCCCCCGAUCAGUCCCUGCUGGAGACAGGUGUCCGGGGGCUCCUGCAGCCAGGGAGUAGCCAGCAGACUGUCUGAUAGCCAGGGGCUGCUCACCGUCCUACCAACCCCUCUCCCUCCAUGCUGUGGACAUGGACUGGUUUAGCCCACCCUUGAAAGACACAUGGUGUGAGGGGUUCUCCAGAACUCACUGCGCCUGCGCCACAACCGGUGUGUGUGUGGUGGGCGCGCUCUGCCCCAUACAGGGAAAAUCCUUCUCGGCCCCAGGACGUCUGUGAUCUGGCCGGCAGUGGGCUGGGCUGAGGGGCAAGUGAGCAGCGCUGGCCUGUGACUGUUUGCCAGGAUACAUCCAAGGGCCAAGCUGGGGAUGCCAGGCACUAAGGAGCUGCAACAUCCUUUCCCCUUGCCCGGGAGUGGCUGUACCAGGGGGCCGAAUUCCCAGCCCUGGCCCCAAGUGCCUGGCUGCUGGUAUGGGACAGACUGCCAGGUACUGGCCUGGGAAGGAUGGAGGGUGAGAGUGGGUGGCAUUUGUGUGGUAAGUGCAGGACAAGUGGGUGGCAAAGGAUGAGGCUGACUGAUGCCCAGCACUGGCAUGGGGAGGGGGUGAGUGGUGACAAAGGGGAAGGGGGUGGGCAGGUGGUGCUGGCACUGCAUAGCUGGUAGCUGCGUGCCUCAUGCAGAAGUGCUGGGAGGAGGGGCGGUGGCAGAGGUUUAUCCGUGACCCUGCCCAUCUCUCUGGUGGGGGUGGAUCUGAGGCGCAUGAGCUCGCACCAGCCCUGGGGAUGUGGGGUGGAAGUGGGAGCAGGGACCCUGGUAGCCGUGCAGGGGCGUCCGGGCCAAGAGCCAAGCCUGGCUGAGUUUGUAAUGGGCUUUUAUAUCAAUAAAGAGAAAUACCAGCCUCAAA